CUUGACUGCCGCUGGCUUCACUCGCCGCUGUGCGCCUGAUUAUUUUUACGCCGUCGAGUCUGGCGGUGAAAUCCAGGUCAUCUCCGCCGGAUCGCCAGCCAGCGCGGCUCAGACUUCUGCUCUCCGCGGACUCACAGUGUCAUUAACUCAUUCCACUUUGCAGAGUGAGCUUGCGGUCUGAAGGAUGAGGUGGGGUGCAUUGAUUAGCAUGCUGCUACGCUGAGAAGAGUUUAUCCACCCAGGAAGAGCGGCAGCAGCUACUGAAUCCCUUCCUGAAUUGGCUUUUAGACACCUGCUCUGAAUCUUUCGCUCGCUCACUCUCACACAGCUAUGGCUGGCUGGCUCUGGCUGGGAGGGUAAUCGGUAGAGGGCAGCGGCCGGAGCAGGAGCCAUGGACUUAUGAGGUGAGAAUGGCAGCACGUCGGCUGUUUGGCCCCCAGGAGCCCUCAGGCGAUUGGAGCCAAUAACGUGGGUCCACACACACACAUACGGGCCGAGCGGCAGGAGCAGUAUGCAGGAGGCUGACCUACCGGCCACCAAUGCUUUCACAGAGUGCAGAUUCCUGUGCACUAACGGCAGAUGUCUGAACCUGGGCUCGCAGGUCUGUGAUCAGCUCAACCACUGUGGAGACAACAGUGAUGAGGAGCACUGCCCCAUCUCCACCCAGCAUCCUGCAUCUGCCAUCUUCAGCUCUGAACUGGAGUUUGUGCAGAUCGUGAUCAUAAUCGUCGUGAUGACUGUGAUGGUCGUGGUGGUCGUGUGUCUGCUCAACCACUACAAGCUCACCACAUGGUCGUUCCUGAGCCGGGCUAGUCAGGCACAGAGUCAGGAUCUCUCUCUGCAGCCGGAGGGUUCUCUGUGGCCAUCAGAUAAUGGGCUGAGACAAGGAGCAUCUGAGGUGGUGUAUGGUCCUCAGCCAAGGGACCGCUUCACCGCUCCCACUUUCAUGCAGCACAACCGCUUCAGACGUUUCCAGCCUACCUACCCAUACCUGCAGCAAGAGAUCGAUCUGCCGCCCACCAUCUCUCUGUCAGACGGAGAGGAGCCGCCGCCGUACCAGGGCCCCUGCACACUGCAGCUGAGAGACCCCGAACAGCAGCUCGAGCUCAACCGAGAGUCGGUACGCGCUCCGCCUAACCGGACCAUCUUCGACAGGGACCUCAUUGACAUGCACAGUUCAGGUGGUGGCGGUGGGCCGCGACCUCCCAGUAGCAACUCUGGGAUCAGCGCGGCCAGCUUCAGUACCCAUGGACGCAUGGAGGGCCCUCCGCCCGCUUACAGUCAAGUAAUUGGGCAGCAGUCGGGCAUCGUACUUUACCUCCACCAGCACAGCAAUAACCCGCCCAUCCCCAUCACUGUGCAGACUCCGCCCAGGGGCCGGACAGAUUUAAACAGCCCAGAGAGCACAAUAGCGCUGAGCAAAGACCUACAGAGGGAGGAGCUAGUGUGAGGGGGCGGGGCUAGCACACGAUUGGGCAAUCGCGAUCACUCUCCACUCACAAAGGGAACGGGUUCUCCCUCUUGACACUCCCGUGCACAACAGCGCUUAAUGCGUCUUCGCGACGAAAGCGAAACCAUGUGGUUUUUUUUGUGUUUUUUUUAAAUAACAAUAUGGAGCUGAGCUUACGAAAGAAAACAUUACAUUUGUUUUCUGUCAGUCCAGCUGCGCUAAAACUGGGGUUUAUGCACUGCCUGGAGUCUCGAGUUAUUUCUCUGUAUUACUUCUGUAUAGCCGACAAAUGUAGAGAAAGUUAUUCGUGCACAAGACAGGAUUUUAGUUGUUGUUGUUCUUGUUGGUUUUAUUGUUGUAUUCCUCUUGAAUGCCCCCCUUCUGCCCAAACCACACGUGAUAUACUACUAGCUGUGUGGAUAGAAAUUUCUUUUUUCUUUCUUUUUUCUUUUUUUUAUUUAAAGACCGAGAUCUGUGCAGCAUGAACAAAACAAAUGCGAAAAAGGGUGAAAAUCCAAAUCCUAGUGCCAAGGUUUAUGUGGAAGGUGUCAUAGGGGCGUUGACUGUCUUAAAGACUUGUUAUACAUUUAAAUCAAAACCCUUUUCUGAACUUUGCACUAUUGUUGAGGUUAAUCCGAGAAAUUUGGGAAUGGGGGAGGGGGGGAUGUGAUAUACGUGUUUACUUGUAUGUACUGUCGUUUUCGUGUAGUUCCGAUUAUAUGCUUCAGUGCGAGCUUUCUACCAGAGGGAAGUGAUCUUGUCUGUCUUCAGCACAAGAAAAAUCUCUGAUCCAGCCUAAAAUAACCUUGAUCUAAAAGAGACACAGAAUACAGAGAGUCUGCUCUACUCUCAUCUAUCCUCACCACUGACACGUUCUGCCGCUUUCACAGACUCCAGCUGAUCUGAGUUCAGUUGGCUGGUGGCACGGUUGACAUUUUGCCUAAAAAAUUCACUUCACUAAGAGAACUGAACAGGUUUGACACGUUUUGAGAUUUUUACUUUUUUUCU